AUGCAGUUGAUUGAGGACGAAAGCAAAGUAAUUAUCUGCAGGCAAAAAGGCUGCGAGACAUUGUGGUACCACUUUUCAAGGGUUGGACUGCCAGUGGAUCUUGGUAUCAAUGACUGGGUUUGUGACCCAUGUAAGAGCAUGAAGAAAAGCAGAGGAAGGGGUGGCAAAUGA